CUCCAUAUUUCACCCAGCCCAAAAAACAAACCAACACUGCAUGUAGCACAUGAACCUAUGAAACACUGAUCAUCUUAAAAGCUACACCAGAAGAUCCUUAUUAUCAUUAUCACUGUCACCACUGUCAUCAUCAUCAUCACUACCAUUGCCGGUGGCACCACAACUAUCAGAAUACUAUGUCCAGGUACAACAUAUUUUCCCAGAGAAGAUCUUGGCCACUUUGGAUGACAAUCCUUAUCUUCCUUGGAACGAUGGCAAUCUUGGGAAUAACUAUUGGUCUCCUUGUUCAUUUUCUGGCAGUUGGAAAGAUUUACUAUUACCAAGGUAAUUUUCAUAUUUCUGGAGUCACAUAUAAUGACAGUUGUGAAAAAGCAGUUUCAGAAGCCAGCACAAAUCUGAGCAAAGAUAUUGAGACUAAAAUAUCUACCGCAUUUCAGAAUUCUAGGGUAUACAAAGAAUAUAUCAACUCUCAGGUCAUGAAACUUCUUCCUAACCCCAGUGGUUCCAGUGUACAGUUACAGCUGACAUUCAAAUUUCCUCCAGCAAAGAAGAAUAGCAUGAAGCCUGAAAUAGAAGCCAUCUUACAUCAGAUAUUGAAAGACAACAUGGCAUCCUGGAAUGCAGUUCCCACCUCCCUUAAAUUUAUAGAAAUCAGCGAGGCUCAUGCUGAAAUGCUUACAAACAACUGUUGUGGGAGACAACUGUCCAACAGUAUUACAUCUGGCAAUCGAAUUGUGAAUGGGAAAAAAGCCGCGGGUGGGGCCUGGCCGUGGCAGGCAAGCAUGCAAUGGAAGGGCCAGCACUACUGUGGUGCCUCUCUGAUCAGCAGCAGGUGGCUCCUAUCUGCAGCUCACUGCUUUGCUAAGAAAAAUAAUUCAGAAGACUGGACUGUCAACUUUGGAACUGUAGUAAAUAAACCAUAUAUGACAAGGAAAGUCCAAAAUAUUAUUCUUCAUGAAAAUUAUAGCAAGGCUGGGGUUCACGAUGAUAUUGCCCUUGUGCAGCUUGCUGAAGAAGUCUCUUCUACGAAAUACGUUCGUACGAUUUGUCUUCCUGAAGCCAAAAUGAAGCUCUCAGAAAAUGACAGCGUUGUAGUUACAGGAUGGGGAACACUUUAUAUGAAUGGUCCUCUUCCAGUAAUACUUCGGCAGGCCUUUCUGAAGAUUAUUGAUAACAAAGUUUGCAAUGCUCCACAUGCGUUAUCUGGCUUGGUGACUGAUACAAUGCUGUGUGCUGGAUUUAUGUCAGGAGAAGCUGAUGCCUGUCAGAAUGAUUCUGGUGGACCACUAGCUUACCCCAACUCUAGGAAUAUAUGGCACCUUGUUGGAAUAGUAAGCUGGGGUGAAGGAUGUGGUAAAAAGAAUAAACCAGGUGUCUACACUCGGGUGACUGCUUAUCGUGACUGGAUUACCUCCAAGACUGGACUCUGAAAGAAAUGUAACCUUGGAAUGGAACAUAAAGACAACUACAGGAUAUUCUUAUCUAUUGUUUCAAAAUCUUUUUUGAUUGUUGGUAUACUAAUCAUUUUCUUAUAUAAAAAUGCAUAAAUAUCUUGAUUAAUGUUUUAUCUAAAGCACUAUCCAUUUAUUUAUUGAUCUAUUUAACUAAUUUAGGAAACAGGAAGAAAAAAAGAAAGGAUGACCGUAAUAUUUUUAUUAAUAGCCUAGUUCUGAUGUAUCUUACCAUUAUAUUCAGAAUAGACCUUUAUUUUUUAGAAUUAAAGAAAUACAUAUUUUGUUAGUAUGAGAACAUAUGCCAGAUUUACCAAAUAAAUUAUUUUUCAUUCUAUAUAUUAUAAAUGCAUUUUGUUAAACCAAAAUACAUAAGACAAAUAAUGUAUAUUCACUUAUUUCAAUGUGAGAUAGUUUGUGUACCUUGUAAAAUCAUAUGAUCUUGGAAUGGAGAGGAAUGUCAGAGGUUCAGCUAGACCAAGUGUCUCAAUAUAGAGAUCGAGAAACUAAGAAGAAAAAUUAUUUCCUUAAAGUCAUUCUUCAGUCUCUCUGACAAGUUGCAACCCUCAUGUGAAUUUUCCCUCGUAGAAUUCAAAUCCAAAAUUAGUCAGGAAUUUUAAAAUGAUUUUUAAGUUGCAAUUAUUUUAUAAUAUUUCUUCAUGUCCUUCUUUUGUCAUUUGUUUGUAUUCCUUUGCAGCAAGAAUAAAGAGGUCCUUGAGGGCAGAGGACUGUAUGGCAUCUAUAGCUCUCCUCACAGUGCAUAUGCAGUGGUGUGGAGGACAGACUCUGUAAUCUCUGCAAAUAAUUCACCUUUUGUAAUUUCCUACAAUUAAAAAGUAGCUUAAAAAUUUAAAACCAGCUAAAAUAAACCUAAAAAUUCUCUUUCUUCAA